UGUAUUUUCAGUUCAGGAGCAAGCAGAUAUAUUUCAUUUUACUGUAGUUAUCCAUUUGAUAGUUUCGUAAUAAAAUUAAAGGAAAAUAUUUCGGUUCAUUAUCAUGGUUGCAUUAUGUAUCUAACAAUUAUGCCCGCCAAAAAAGAGAUCGGAGAAUAUCCUAUGUCUAUAGGGCAAUUUUCAAAAAAACUGGUGAACGAAAGCAUCACACUAUAGUACAACAAUCCUCCGUUGACCUGGUCAAGGUUUGUGGACAGGCUACUCGCGUAUAAAUAUAAGUGUGUACCUAGCAACCAUUCAUUAAUUCAUUGUACAUAUUUUUGUGGCUUUAAUAUUUUGAAGUUCUAAUGUUGCACCUCCUCAGGAACGCAUAGAAAGAAAAUGAUGAAGUGAUCUCUUUCGGCUUUUUGAUUUGACACACCUUUUUCCUUUUGUUAUUCUGCACGAGUUCUGUACCAUUGAAAUGUGUGUGUAUUUUGUCGUAUGUAAGAUAACGAAUAUGCACUCUAAGAUAAAAACCUAAUUGUUAUUCAAAGUGUCAACGUUUAAGACUAUUUUGAGAGACCCGUUUUGUCAAGGAUGAACAGCCACAUUGCAUUUUUUAAAUUUCACACACCACUCUUUUCUUUUUUGCUCAACUUCGCUUUCUCCGUCAUUUUAUUCACACAGUUUAGAAUUCCAUAGUAAUGUGAAGUAUUAGUCAUGCCGCACAUACAUGUGAAAGAGGAAAAAUAAAGAAGAACAUUUUCUCAGUUCUAUUACUAUUAUUUUUUUAAUGUCAGAGAGAUGACUAGUGCUCUUAAGAAAUUUUUUAAAAGGUUCUGGCCAUCAGCAAUUAUCAAUCAUGCAUCGAGUAAAGUAUAGAUGUGUUCCUUUGUUACAGUUAAGCAGAAGCUUAUAAAGAAAGUGGAAGGCAAAACUGUCAUAACUAGCAAGAUGAGUCAGUCCGACGACUCUUGUGAAUAUGUGUGAAAGUGUUUGUAAUGACAACUACUGACAUGAGAAGAAGUUGUUAUGGCACAGUUUUCAACUAAACAGCAUUGAAUCAAAACUCAUACUUCAAAAUGUCAUCGUUAAAUUAAAAACAUGUCAGACGAACCAGCAGUUAAGGCUCUCAUUCCAAUGAAGAGUAGGAGUGAUGAUGAUGAUGAAUUUUACAUCUGACAUACAUGCCUGACUAAUGAUCGUGAUAUAAGUGUCAUAAAAGAGCAAGCGAGUCUUGAAAGCCCGCUGAAACUUGCGAUAACCCACAUUAAGAAUUGGUUCAGUCGCAAAACGAUGAUGAUGACGUUCAAAAUAAAUAGUUCGGUUCUACAUAAGAUGGCAAUAAUAUGACAGUUUGUUAUUCAAACUAAAGCAUAACGAGUCCGCGAGAGUACGGAGGCCGAGUUCGAGUCAUAAAAUAAGCAAAACGAGGCAAAGUCCUUGAAACGCGGUCGCGAGUCCGAAUCCCAAGUCUGUUUCGAGUCCCACAAUCUUUUCAAACCUUUUUGGCUCUUGUUAUUUAUAUUUCUUUUCCCCUACAACAUAUCAACCCUAUUAUAACAGAAAAAGUUACACAAUUAAACUUCUAUUAUAUAUCACAUAAUGGUAUUGAAAAAUUGAAAAUUUUCCUGUUGAUUUUUGUAAGAGCUUGAAUCAAUCGGAUUCGAAACAAAAACUCAAGUUCAGGUACGAGUCUAUUGCAAACAUCUCCAGUCCGAAUCCACGGAAAAUUAUACUAGUCUGAAAUCGGACUCGCUGAACAUUUUCCUCGACUAUCUCCUCGUCAGUCUUCAAUUAACAUUUGUUUACUUUCGCCAUCUAGCAAACAACCAGCAAAGUCCGAAUAUCGACCAAGACCGUAGAACUUUCGAAGAGCAGUCAGCUAGCAAGACAAUAAAUCAUGAAUUGGAUCAUGAGAAGGGUAAAGCAUAAUCUUUGCUGAGUUUUUUAUGUGUAUUAGAGCCUCAUAAAUGAAACCUACUGCUCGUCUUGCGCUCUCACAUUGAAGAAGAUCUAAUUGUUUAAUAUCAGAGGUUCUUUCUUUUCUUAGCGUGGCGUGAGCUGACAUUCUAUUCCAGUGAUAAAAUUGUUCAGCCCCAUCAAAUACAUCCAAAAUCUCCAUCAGUUACGACAGACAAUGCAGAUAAACGAGUAUCCGGUUCAAUGUUGGGUAUGGCAAUCGGCGAUGCAAUGGGAGCUCAUGUAGAGUUCCGACCCCGCUCAUUUUUGGAACAAAAUCCAGUAACAGAUCUUGUCGGUGGUGGUACAUGGGGCUUAAAACCUGGUCAAUGGACAGAUGACACCUCCAUGGCUUUAUGUUUGGCUAUCAGUCUCAUCGUUAAACAAGGUUAUAAUGCUUAUGAUCAGCUUGUGAGAUAUAAAUGGUGGUGGAAAGAAGGGUAA